CACUGCAUAAAUGCACAGAUUUUACUUCAGGCUCAUCGUGGCUGCUUUACACUAACUGAUAUGAUGUGCAAUAUUGGCAUUUCAAGUUUUUCUUUUAUGUCAUUGUUUAUUUACUUUAAUUUUUUUAAUUAUUAAAGUUAAGUAGGCUACGCUUUCAUAAAGGGCCGUGUUUUUUAGUAGUAUUAUGGUAUUGGGUUACCCGGAGUUACAACUCCACAAAGACAGGAUUUAUACAAUAUUACCACUACAUGGCCGGCGUUUUGAAACUGUAGCUAGUUACUGUUGCUUAUUAAUAACAUAGUUUAGUAACUGUAAAAUCAGUGGCCAAUGUUAUUCUAUCUCGAGGGCCGAAGUUGCUAGCUAGCUUUGCUAACAGUGCUAUUGUUUUGCAGAUAUCUCUAGCUGGCUAGCCUAGCUACACGUUAGCGAGCAAUAAAUCACACAUGUGGGAGCACUGAUUUUAUACUACGACUCGUAGUACGAGAUAGCCGCCUUUUAAUGAAUAUGGAAACCACUUUUGAUGUAAAGCACAUUUUCCCUGAAAGGAUUACAGUUUUGGAUCAAAACCUAAUUGCAGUUCGAAAAUCGCUGGGAAGGUCAGAUCCUCAACCUCUAAUUGCAGCAAUAAUUGAUGAACUUGGAAGAGCCUCAGCCAAGGCCCAAUACUUGACAGCCCCAAUCACAAGUGCAUCAAAGCUGCAGACCAACAAGCACCAUCUCUACCUGCUGAAGGAUGGAGAAAGCAAUGGAGGAAGGGGACUUGCGGUGGGGUUUCUGAAGGUCGGCUAUAAGAAGUUAUUUCUGCUUGACCAGCGAGGGGCGCAUGUCGAGGCAGAGCCUCUGUGUGUCUUGGAUUUCUUUGUGACAGAGAACCUUCAGAGGAACGGCUACGGACUGGAGCUGUUUAGCUUCAUGCUGCAGCACAAAAAUGUGGAGCCAGUGCUGAUGGCUUACGACAGGCCCUCCCCGAAGUUCCUCUCUUUCCUGGAGAAGCAUUACUGUCUGAAAAACAGUGUACCUCAGGUCAAUAACUUUGUGGUGUUUGACGGUUUCUUCGCCAACAGAUCAGCGGCCCAGUUGAAAAAGGUUCCCCUAAAAAAGCUGGACGGAGAGAUCAAGCCCUACUCACUAACAGAGAGAGAGGCUGUGCGAGAGGAGCAGAGGGCUCUCCCCUACCCGUUGUCGGUAUCCUCCCCGUGCUCCCCAAGCAGGGCCCGCCAGCGCCCGACCCCCCUGGCCCCAGCCCUGGGGGCUACAGGGGCCCGACCCCCGACCCCCGACCCCCCACUCAUCGACAGCCUCAACUACAGGGCAAAACGCACCAGUUCCCUUAACCGACCACAGCUCAGCUUCCAUUGACCACCCUGACGCCUCCCACCACUGUUUCCUUCUUGUAAAGGAAGGGCAGUGGUUUUUAGCCUGUUAGCAUCCCAGUUCUCCAGCCUUCUCUCUAAGUGUGCACUGGCACACUUUCCGUCAUGGAUUUAACACUGCCCCAGGCCUGCCCUAGGUGAACCAGCCAACAGGGCCUAGUUGCCAGGGGCAACCUCUACAGUCGCCACAUCAACACCCGGGGCUUUGGGCUAUUGUUGGAGACACAGCAG